AUGAGUAACAAUGUCCGCCACGUGCUCUGGGACGGGUGGGCCGGACCCGCCACGGGUCCCUGGAUGGGUGGGCGAUGUCCCCAAGGUGUCCCAGGGCAGGUGGGCCCGCGGGCCUGCCCGGCCCAUCCACAGGUCACGGGACAGGCGGGCGAUGUCUGCCAGGUGUCCUGGGAUGGCCAGGCCAGGCCCGCCAUGGGUCCCGGGACGAGCGGGCGAUGUCCGCCAAGGUCAUGGGACGGGCGGGCCAGGCUCGCUACGGGUCACGGGACGGGCGGGCUUGGCUCUCCACAGGUCCAGGGACAGGCAGGCCGGCCCGGGCCAUCCACGUGUCCCGGGAGAGGCGGGUGA